AUGACAAUCAUGGCUACAACUACAGCUUUGAGUCUACCCAGUUCUGAUGUAAAGACAUUUCAUAAUUAUCAAGUUGUCCUUCCGACUCAAUUACCAAUAAAGCGCUUAUAUAAUCCAUUGAAAGAACAACUUAUCCAACUGAUUAAACUACCCAAUGACUUCAACUUUAAAAAGAAGAAUAACAAUGCCAACAACGCCAAUAAUGAAAUACUUGUCAAGGUUAAGAUGUGUGGCAUCAAUUACUUGUCUGAUUUCAAAUCAUCUGCUGUAAAUAAUGGUGUUAUUCAUAAACUGAGGAAACCUAUUGUACCUGGGAUGAGAAUAAUUUGUAAAAUUGAUAGUAUAAAAAAUAUUAAAUUUUUAGUAUUCCCAUUUACUACAUGUCAAUUAGAAAAUAUUCAUAAUCAUCCACACCUUGUUCGUCAACAACCAUUAGCAAACAAGUUAGAGGACAGCAAUAAUAAUAAUGCCAAUUCUUCUGUCGACCAUAAUUGUGAUUUGAUCUAUGGCAAAGAUAUUGAUGGUGGAUUACAGACUCAUUUGAGUGUACCCAAAAGUUUAUUAAUUCCUAUUCCAUAUAACAUUAGUCUUCAUGAUGUUUGUUUUAUAUUUGACAUAUUGUUACCUUUUUAUAAGUUUUUCCAAUUUGUGAAACCUGGGAAAACUAUUAUUUUAUUAAAUGAUAUCAAGAAGGAAUUGAAUGAAGUUUUAUUAAUUUUGAAAAUAUUCAACAUUAAUUUUAAUUCGAUAAUUAUUAUUGAUGGGAAUUCUUUAUCACCUCGAUUCAAUAAUAAAUUUGAAACAGUUUAUUGUUUCAAUAGGAAUUUAAAAUAUGAAGCCAUUAAUUAUUGUGUUUCCACUGGAUUACAAGCAACAAGAUCAAAAUAUACUGUAUUGACUAGUUUCCCUGUUAAUGUCAAUUCAAUGUUGACCAAUCCUAAAACCCAUAAGCGUCACAAUGCCAGUACUGAUUCAAGUAUUAGUUCCAUUUCAACUUUAGCAUCCAAUUCCAGUUUCAAGUCUGCAUCAAUGAUGAUGGGUGGUGUUAAUUCUGGUACAUCUAAUAACAACCCAAACACUAUUAGCAAUAACAAAUUCAAGAAUGAUAAAACUAUCAAAUAUAUGCAAUUGAGUUAUCAGGAUAAGCCAUUAUGUAUUGAAGUUUUGAAGAUUUUAUCAGCCAUUAAUUUUGAAAGAGAAGAUCAAGAAAAGCAGAAAACUGACCAACAACAACAACAACAACAGGAUAAACAACAACAAGACUCGCCAGAAUUGGCUCAUGAUGGAAUCAUUGAUGAUUAUGAUUAUAAUUAUGUCGAUGAAUAUGAUGAAAAUAUCAAUGAAGAAAAGUAUCGACAACUUUUAAUAAAUGAUAAUGAUUCAUUAGUUCAUUCUACCAGCUCAACUCAUACAGGUUCUUCAACACUUCAAAUGCAUUCACAAACUGAAUCUGAUCCCCAUGGCAAUAUCAAAAACCAUGCAAAAAAGAAUGAAAAGAAGGGGAAAAGAAGAAAAGUGAUCACGAGAAAGUAUCAUCAUUAUUCCUGGAUAUGGUGUAAUAAAGAUGUUUAUUUGAAGAAUUAUUACGAUUUAAAUGAUUAUGAUGUAAAUGAUUUAACCAAUGACAUUGAUAAUACUGAUAAUGAGAAUGAGUAUGAAUACAAUUAUGAUGAAUAUGGGUAUAGUAGUAGUUAUCAUUAUCGUGAUGGAUACGACGAUGAUGAAUAUGGUAUUGGUGAUAAUCAUCAAAAUAAAAUCAUCAAACAAAUGAAUCGAUUAUUACAAGAUGAUGUGAAUUUAAAUCGUGUUUGUUAUUUCAACAGUGAUGAUCAUGAUAAUGAUAAUGAUUAUAAAGAUGAUAAUGAUGGAUAUGAAGAUCCUGAAGAUGUGAAUGGUGAUGAUAAUCAUCUGUACGAGUAUAAAAAAAAUACUAGCACUAGUCAUGAAGAUAAUAAUGAGAGUAAUAAUUAUGAAGAUGAGAAUAGUAAUCAAAGUUCUUCUUCAUCAGGAAAUCGAACUUAUAAAUCACAUCGUGAUCGAAGUUGGGCCAAAAAUAUUAAUGCUUGUAUAAUUUAA